AUGAGCUUUCUAAUUGAAUCAGAAUUAUCACCUUUAACACAAAUUUCACCGGUUAAAUUUAAUUCCUGUAAACUUUUCAUUGGAAUCAAUUUAAUGGACACAUUAGAGAAACCCAAACGUCCACCAGCCAUUAGAAAUGUGGUCCCUUUGGCGCUAAAAAUCGAAUUUCGGUUUUCUCAUUUUCUUUUCUGUUUUUGUUUUCUCUCUGUUGAUGUUGACUUUGUUUCUUCUGGUUUUUGUUUAAUCGUUUUGGUUUUUUCUUUUUCUUUCUUUGUGAAUGAUUAUUUAAUUUUCUUAAUUGGAUUUGUAAUAAUGGUCGAUCCUGAUGAUAUUGAGGUGGAAUUUCCGAAAAACAAUUGGGUUGAAUGGUGUCAAAAGAAAGGAUUAACUGAUUCUGUGAGGAGUAAAUUUUUCUCGCGAAAAGUGAAAAUAACUGGUGAAGAGGUGAGAGGUUCAAUUGCUUAUUCUAAUGUGGAAGAGAAAAUGUUUGAUUCCAUGUUAAAUGAUGAUUUCCUUGAUAUAUUGGAUGAUGUUAAUAUUCCUGAUUGUGGAAAUGGUGUUACAAUGAAUUUUGGUAAAAUCAAAAGUGAACCUUUAGUCAUUUCAUCUCCAGACGAUUCUUAUGCUUCUGCUUCAUCAACUUUGGCUUAUCCUUCUCAUUCAUCUGUAACCAUAAAGAAAGAGUCAAAUAAUAGUAGCUUUUCUACAGAUAUUGAGACAAUUAUUCCAUCUCCUACUAUUCCCGUGAUCGAUGGUGAUCAAAGUGAUGAUGAUUGUAUUGAAAUUUUGGAUGAUUCUUUUGAAUUUGAUGAUGUUUGUGAUAUUAUACCUGAAGAACCACAACCGGAAAAAAGGACUUAUCAAUCUAAGCCUGCGAAAAAGUUUACAUACAAAUCAGAACCUGAUCCAGAGUUUUCCUUUAUUCCUGUACCUGAACCCGAUUUUCUCUACAAUUCUGAGCCUGAUUCUGAACCCGAGCCUGUUUAUGACGUUGAUCUUGAGCCUGCAUUUACCUAUGAAUCGGAAGCUCAAGAUCGCGACUAUUCAAUUCAUGAUGCUUCUGCUUCGGAUACUUCUGCUGCUUGGUUUGAUAAAGAUGUCAGUGUUAUCCAGUAUAAUUUCAAUGAUGGUGUUGAUGAAGUAAUCAAAACUGCUGGUACUCGUUUUUUGGGUCAUCAUCGAAAUGAUGGAGAUGAUAAAUCAUUGAAAUCAGUCAACUUACCCCAUUCAUCAAAUAUGUUGAAAAUUUUCAGAGAUACUUUUGGUUUGAAAAAAUUUCGUACCAAUCAAUUGGAAGCUGUGAACGCAGCUUGUCUUGGACAAGAUUGUUUCAUCCUCAUGCCCACUGGUGGUGGUAAAAGUAUUUGUUACCAAUUACCCGCUCUCAUUAAUGAUGGUAUAACAGUUGUAAUCUCACCAUUGAGAUCAUUGAUUCAUGAUCAAGUAACCAAAUUGAAACUUUUGGACAUUCCAACUGAAGCGUUAACCGGAGAUACCGAUCCAGAAAAAGUUGCCGAGAUUAUGAGAGAUUUAAGAAGUGGUAGACCAAAUUUAAAGCUUCUUUAUCUUACUCCUGAAAAAAUAAGCGCCUCUGAAGCGAUCAACUCAAUUUUUCACUCACUUAAUGAUAAAAAGUUACUCUCUCGAUUUGUUAUUGAUGAAGCUCAUUGUGUCUCCCAAUGGGGACAUGAUUUUCGCCCCGAUUAUAAAAAACUUUGCGAACUGCGAAUGAAAUAUCCUAAUGUACCCAUAAUGGCGUUAACAGCUACAGCAACUCCGCGAGUUCGUGUUGAUAUACUUCAUCAAUUACGAAUCGAUAAACCAAAAUGGUUUAUUCAAAGUUUCAAUCGUCCUAAUCUUAAAUUUGAAGUUCUACCCAAAAAGAAGGAAACAAUUCACGAAAUUGCGACUCUAAUCAAAUCAAGAUUCUACAACAAGAGUGGUAUUAUUUAUUGUUUAUCGAGAAACGAAUGUGAAAAUGUUGCCCAGCAAUUAGUUAACCAACGAAUCCGAGCAUCGGAAUAUCAUGCAGGAAUGGAGGAUGAAAAGCGAGCCGAUGUUCAAAAUGAUUGGAUUAGUAAUAAGAUCAGUGUAAUUUGUGCAACAGUCGCUUUUGGAAUGGGUAUCGAUAAACCUGAUGUACGUUUCGUUAUUCACUAUUCAUUACCCAAAUCGAUUGAAGGUUAUUAUCAAGAAUCAGGGAGAGCAGGAAGAGAUGGUGAUUUAUCAUAUUGUUACCUUUACUAUGCUCCAGCUGAUAAAAUGAGACUUUUCCGUUUACUCGAUCGAAGUGAAUCAAAAGGAACUCCAAUUCAUGCGAUUCAUAUCGAAAAUCUUAAUUUGAUGACCUUUUUCUGUUGUAAUAAAGCAGAAUGUCGGAGAGUUCAAAUGCUACGAUAUUUUGGUGAACUGUUUGACGAAAAGGAAUGUACUAAAAAUAAACAAACGGCCUGUGAUAAUUGUGCCAGUCAGCAAAGCUUUACCGAGGAAGACAUUACCGAAGAUGUUGUAGCAAUUGUGAAAACAGUGGAUGCAUUUAAUAGAGGAAAUCGUAAAAACUUUACAUUAAAUCAUUUAGCUGAUAUUUAUAAAGGUUCAAAUAAUAAGAUGGUUGUAAAUUGUAAACAUAAUAUGCUUCCUGCUCAUGGAAAAGGAAAAAGACUUUGUAAAGAUGAUAUUGACCGAAUAUUGAGAAAAUUAAUCUGUGAUAAUUAUCUUCGUGAAGAUUUGGUUGUUUUACCAAAACAAGACAUGGCCGCGAUUUAUGUGAGACCAGGUAAAGAAAGUGUCAAAAUGAUGAGUGGUAAAGUAAAAUAUACUAUCCAAGUGGCCAAAACUCAGGGCCGAAUGGAAAAUGACCGAAACAAGGAUAAAGAAUCUUCGGAAGAUAAACAAUUACAACAAAUAUCCCAACGAUGUUACGAAGCUUUGGUUGAAGUUUCCCAACAAAUUGCCAAUUCAACGAAAGCAUUUAACAAUAAGACUGCCUAUCAUCACGUUAUCCCACUUGAAGCUCUUCGUGAGAUGUCCACUAAAUUACCUUUAACUGAGCAAGAUAUGUUGGCCAUUCCCCACGUUUCGGCUCAUUGGUUUAGUAAAUAUGGUCUCCGUUACCUAAAAGUGACCCAAAGUUAUAAUGAGAUUAAAAAUGAGAUUGAAUUUAAGAAACUGCAAUCGGAAAUCCAGGCCGCCUCUUCCUCAUCAUCCACCGCAAGUCAAGAUAAAACAUAUACAAGUGCCAAGCGCAAAAAGGCCGCCGGAACUUCGGCAAGUUUCGAGCCGUUACCAGUUAAAAAGAAAUCCUAUAACCCGCAAUGGUCGAAAGCAUCACAGUACAAGAAAAAUUCAUCAUCAUCAUCAUCUUACAAUUCAUUUCCAUCAGCAUCAAGUUUCACCGCUAAAUCAGAAAAAAGACCUUACAAAAAAUCAACAAUCAAAAGUGAGAGUAAGAAAAACCCUUACAUCUUUGGUUGAUACUUAAAUUUUGACAAUCAAAAAAAUCAACUAAACAAAUCAACUCAUCAAUUAAUUGUCAUUACUUUGUAAUUAUAAUAUUUUCUACCUUCAGAUAACUUUCAUUAUUGCAACAAAUUGUUCUUGCAUUUUUUUCCUCUCUUCAAAGUUUUCCAAUAUUUAAAUUGAUUAUAAUUUCCUCAAUCACAA